UAGGCCUGUUUCCGGUAGGAAUUAGUGGAUUCGGCGGCAGAGGCAGUGCGGAUCCGGCGUUGUCCAGUGAGGUUUUCCAAGGCUGCACAGAGAUGGCGGCGGCUUUUCGGAAGGCGGCUAAGUCCCGGCAGCGGGAACACCGAGAGCGAAGCCAGCCUGGCUUUCGAAAACAUCUGGGCUUGCUGGAGAAAAAGAAAGAUUACAAACUUCGUGCAGAUGACUACCGUAAAAAACAGGAAUACCUCAGAGCUCUCCGUAAGAAGGCUCUUGAAAAAAAUCCAGAUGAAUUCUACUACAAAAUGACUCGGGUUAAACUCCAGGAUGGAGUACAUAUUAUUAAGGAGACUAAGGAAGAAGUAACCCCAGAACAACUAAAGCUGAUGAGAACUCAGGACGUCAAAUAUAUAGAAAUGAAGAGGGUUGCAGAAGCUAAGAAAAUUGAAAGACUAAAAUCAGAGCUCCAUCUGCUGGAUUUCCAGGGGAAGCAACAGAACAAGCAUGUGUUCUUUUUUGACACCAAAAAGGAAGUUGAACAGUUUGACGUUGCAACUCACCUGCAAACAGCCCCGGAGCUAGUCGACAGAGUCUUUAAUAGGCCCAGGAUAGAGACCUUGCAGAAAGAAAAAGUGAAAGGAGUUACCAAUCAGACUGGACUUAAGCGAAUAGCUAAAGAAAGGCAAAAGCAAUAUAACUGCCUGACACAGCGGAUUGAACGAGAGAAGAAAUUGUUCGUUAUUGCUCAGAAAAUUCAAACACGCAAAGAUCUUAUGGAUAAAACUCAGAAAGUGAAGGUGAAGAAAGAAACGGUGAACUCCCCAGCUAUUUAUAAAUUUCAGAGUCGUCGAAAACGUUGACAUGUUAUAGAUAAGCCUCGUCAUUCUGCAUCAAAAAUCUGUUGUCUUUUUCUAGUAACUUCAAAUUCCAUUAGUCCAAAUGGCAUGGUUUUCCGGUUUGUAACCAUAACUAAAUUGUCAGUCUGACAUUUAAUGUCUUUCUAUGGACAACAUUAAAUCUCCCUCUCUUCUGUAAUUGUU